AUGGAAGCUCCACAGAUAAAUUUCCCUCUGGGUCGUCAAGCAAAGCCAAAGGGGACUGUGGUGCAAGAAGAUGGCAGCCCUCCAGCAAAGAAAGCAAUGACAGACAUGCAUGUAAAAGAAAAAGUUCAAACUGUGAUAAAUAAGCUGACAACAAUAAAGAAGGAACACUUGGAUGAGUGUGAAGAAAAUGGUAUGGAGGACAGAGAAGAAGAGGCCAAGCCAAACAUUGCUGCAACAUCUGAGCCUUUGAACUUAAAUCCUGGGUUGAAACACACAUUGGCACAGUUCCACUUAAGCAGCCAGAGUUCACUGGGAGGCCCAGCAGCAUUUUCAGCUCGCCACUCCCAAGAGAGCACGUCUUCUCUCUUUGUACCGCUACCGUCGCCCCAGAUACUUCCUGGCCCUCUGCUUGUUCCUUCAGACAGUUCUACGGAGUUAACUCAGACUUUGUUGGAAGGGGAGUCUAUAUCUUGUUUUAAAGUUGGGGGGGAAAAGAGACUUUGCCUGCCUCAGGUCUUGAACUCUGUGCUCCGCGACUUUUCCCUGCAGCAAAUCAACACCGUGUGUGAUGAACUUUACAUCUAUUGUUCUCGUUGCACUUCUGACCAGCUUCACAUUUUGAAGGUCUUGGGAAUUCUUCCGUUCAAUGCUCCGUCUUGUGGGCUUAUCACCCUGACUGAUGCUCAGAGGCUAUGCAACGCAUUGCUGCGUCCUCACACUUUCCCUCAAAAUGGUAGCUUGCUCCAUGCAAAAAACUCUCUUGCCCAACUGAAAGAAACUGGCAGUGCCUUUGAAGUGGCGCAUGAGUGUUUGGGCAAGUGCCAGGGCUUGUUUGCUCCACAGUUUUACCUUCAGCCGGAUUCCCCUUGCAUCCAGUGCUCAGAAUGCUUUGGGAUGUUUUCCCCGCAAACGUUUGUGAUGCAUUCUCAUCGUUCUCCAGAUAAGAGGACCUGUCACUGGGGUUUUGAAUCGGCCAAGUGGCCCUGCUAUCUUCACAUUAACCAAAAAUAUUUAGGGACUCCGGAAGAGAGAGAUUUGAAACAUCUCCUGGAAGAAAUGAAAGAGAAAUUUAGUGUGAAAAAUCAGAAGACCCAGGCUAAAGCAGAUUCUCCGUAUAACCUAGAAUUCCAACAGUGGUAUCCAGUCAUAAAGCAAGAAGAAGACACAGUUAGUCAGCCACACUCAUUUAUGCACCCCAGCUACUACUUUUACAUGUGUGACAAAGUGGUCGCUCCCAAUGUAUCUCUUACCUCGUCUGUAUCUCAAUGUAAAGAAGCUGCAAAAACAGCAGAGAAGUUUGCAGAAGUAAUCAAAUCUCUGCCUGGGCAAUCGGUAAAACAGCACAGUGCCAGCAAGCGCAAAAAAGCCAUUUUAUAUCAAGAUAGCUCUCUUGAAGCUCCAAACAAAGUCGACGGGAAACUUAGCACAGAAGUAUGUGCUGGUUUAGAGCAGCCCGUGUCUGCUAAACCUGCAAACAAAAGGAAAGCUGAACAGAUCCCCUCCAAAACAACCGUAGAAUAUACAGAGGCAGAAUUAAACAGCGAUGCACAAUCGUCAACUCAGACUCUUACUAAUGAUAUUGGUUGUGAUGAUGACAAAGGGAAAAUUAUGGAAGAAGUCAUGAGAACGUAUAUAAAGCAGCAAGAAAAGCUACAUACGAUUUUGCAAAAGAAGCAGCAUCUCCAAAUGGAAGUAGAAAUGUUAAGUAGUUCGAAAGCCAUGAAGGAGUUAACAGAAGAACAACAGAAUUUACAAAAAGAACUUGAAUCUCUGCAGACCGAACAUGCUCAAAGAAUGCAAGAAUUUUAUGUUGAGCAGAGGGACUUGGAGAAAAAGUUAGAGCAAGUAAUAAAGCAAAAAUGUACCUGCGACACUAACUUGGAAAAGGACAAGGAAGCAGAGUAUGCAGCUCAGUUGGCAGAGCUGAGACAGAGGCUGGACCACGCCGAGGCAGACAGGCAAGAGCUGCAAGACGAACUGAGACAGGAGCGAGAAGCGAGGCAAAAACUAGAGAUGAUGAUCAAAGAAUUGAAGCUUCAGAUCCAGAAGUCUUCAAAAAGCAGCAAAGGGAAAUAAG